CGACGUACACGGUCGAGAGGACUUCCGCUUCUCUCCGACUUCUUGUUGUUUUGAGGCGUGAUAGAGAAAAGGAGCAUUUCAACUACACAAUUAACUGCGAUUUAACACAAUGGCUGUAGAAGUUGUGGGUUGUGAGCAGCAGUGAGUGGCCUCUACACCAGCACCUCCAGAGCACCAGCCUGCCCCCCAUCCAGACAUCUCAGCCACCCAUCCAGACAUCUCAGCCCCCCAUCCAGACAUCUCAGCCCCCCCAGCGGGGUGACAGCCCACCAGUAUGGAGGCCUCCUUCGGCCCCACCUUCUCAGCCGUGGUUCCUGGAGCUAAAACGGAAUCAUCCGGUACCUACAAGCAGCACCGCCGUACCCCCUCCUCCUCCAGUACCCUCACAUACUCGCCACGAGACGACGAGGAUGGCAUGCUCCCCAUCAGCACCCCGAGGCGUUCUGACUCUGCCAUCUCGGUGCGUUCCCUCCUCUCUGAGUCCAACAUGUCCCUCCGCUCGACCUUCUCUCUUCACGAGGACGACGACGACGCGGAGCCCCUGGUGUUUGCAGAGCAGCCGUCAGUGAAGCUGUGUUGUCAGCUCUGCUGCAGCGUUUUCAAAGACCCUGUCAUCACCACCUGUGGGCACACCUUCUGCAGGCGAUGUGCCUUGACCUCCGAUAAGUGUCCGGUGGACACUGCUAAGUUGACGGUGGUGGUGAACAACAUAGCUGUAGCAGAACAGAUAGGAGAGCUGUUUAUCCACUGUAAAUAUGGCUGCCGGCUCUUAAACACCACCCCCACUUCCCCUAACGGGGCCGGAGGAGGGGCUUCCCCUAACGGGGCCGGAGGAGGGGCUUCCCCUAACGGGGCCGGAGGAGGCAGUGCUGCUAGUCGGGGUGAAGGGACACCUAAGAUGGGAGGACCUGGGAACUUUGAGGUUGACCCAAUGGGCUGUCCUUUUACCAUAAAGCUCACCACACGCAAGGAGCACGAGGUGAGCUGUGACUACCGUCCAGUGCGCUGUCCCAACAACCCCUCCUGCCCUCCUCUCCUCACCAUGAACCUGGAGGGACACCUUAAGGAAUGUGAACACAUCAAGUGCCCUCACUCCAAAUACGGAUGUGCGUUUAUAGGUAACCAGGACACGUAUUCCACCCAUCUGGACCUGUGUAAGUUUGAAGGGCUGAAGGAGUUCCUGCAGCAGACAGAUGACAGGUUCCAUGAGAUGCAGGUGACCCUGUCUCAGAAGGACCAGGACAUCGCCUUCCUGAGGUCCAUGUUGGGGAAACUGUCUGAGAAACUGGACCAGCUGGAGAAGAACCUGGAACUGAAGUUUGAUGUCCUGGAUGAGAACCAGAGUAAGCUGAGUGAAGACCUGAUGGAGUUCAGGAGAGAUGCCUCCAUGCUGAACGAUGAGUUGUCCCACAUCAACGCCAGACUCAACAUGGGCAUCCUGGGCUCCUACGACCCCCAGCAGAUCUUUAAAUGUAAAGGGACGUUCGUAGGUCACCAGGGGCCAGUCUGGUGUCUGUGUGUCUACUCUACAGGGGACCUGCUCUUCUCUGGUUCCUCAGACAAGACCAUCAAGGUGUGGGAUACCUGCACCACCUAUAAAUGUCAGAAGACUUUGGAGGGUCAUGAUGGAAUCGUGCUGGCACUGUGUAUACAGGGGAACAGACUGUAUAGUGGCUCAGCUGACUGCACCAUCAUCGUGUGGGACGUCCAGACCCUGCAGAAGGUGAACACAAUCCGUGCCCAUGACAACCCGGUGUGUACGCUGGUGUCCUCCCACAGUAUGCUGUUCAGCGGAUCCCUCAAGGCCAUCAAGGUGUGGGACAUAGUGGGGACAGAGUUGAAGCUGAAGAAGGAGUUAACAGGACUGAACCACUGGGUUCGUGCUCUGGUGUCCGCUCAGAACCACCUCUACAGUGGAUCAUACCAGACCAUCAAGAUCUGGGACAUCCGUUCUCUGGACUGUGUUCAUGUCCUCCAGACCAGUGGAGGCAGUGUCUAUUCCAUCGCUGUCACCAACCAUCACAUCGUCUGUGGCACCUACGAGAACCUGAUACACGUCUGGGAUAUAGAGUCCAAGGAGCAGGUCCGGACCCUAACAGGUCAUGUGGGGACAGUGUACGCUCUAGCAGUCAUCUCUACACCAGACCAGACCAAGGUGUUCAGCGCCUCCUAUGACCGCUCACUCAGGGUGUGGAGCAUGGACAACAUGAUCUGUACCCAGACCCUCCUCAGACACCAGGGGAGUGUAACAGCCCUGGCCGUCAGCAGGGGGCGCCUGUUCUCUGGAGCUGUGGACAGCACCGUCAAGGUGUGGACAUGUUAGAGGAUGCUGAUUGGUUGGAGAGGUUGUUGUCGAGGAGAGCAGCUGUAUGUUCCCACCUCAGUGGACCACCCUGUGUCAAACGGACCAUAUGAACUCUGACACACACACACUCACACUCACUCACACACACACACACACACACACACACACACACACACACAUUGGUUCAUCAUCCUUCAGGAUCAUGACUGUUUUUAAUAUCUCUACCAAAUGAACUUUAACCCCUGAUGUGGGCGGGGUCAGAAGUGAUCACGACCUUUGUGUCCUUAGCCCAGUGCAUUAUGGGUGGAGCUGCCAUACCUUAGCUCUGCCCACUGACGACACCAGCCCUCCCCUGAUUGGGACAAUGCCAGAACUGUGUACUGAAGACUUGUUAGCUCCCCAAGUUAAUGCCUUGGCUUCAGUUCAGUCCCCCGGGGGACUGGACCGGUACUGACCCAGGGGACUGGACCGUUACUGACCCGGGGGACUGGACCGUUACUGACCCGGGGGACUGGACCGGUACUGACCUGGGGGACUGGACCGUUACUGACCCGUUACUGACCCGGGGGACUGGACCGGUACUGACCCGGGAGACUGGACCGGUACUGACCUGGGGGACUGGACCGUUACUGACCCGGGGGACUGGACCGUUACUGACCCGGGAGACUGGACCGUUACUGACCUGGGGGACUGGACCGGUACUGACCCGUUACCGACCUGGGGGACUGGACCGUUACUGACCCGGGGGACUGGACCGUUACUGACCUGGGGGACUGGACCGUUACUGACCCGGGGGACUGGACCGUUACCGACCCGGGGGACUGGACCGCUACUGACCCGGGGGACUGGACCGUUACUGACCCUGGGGACUGGACCGGUACUGACCCGGGGGACUGGACCGGUACUGACCCGGGAGACUGGACCGUUACUGACCCGGGGGACUGGACCGUUACUGACCCGGGGGACUGGACCGUUACUGACCUGGGGGACUGGACCGUUACUGACCCGGGGGACUGGACCGUUACUGACCCGGGGGACUGGACCGUUACCGACCCGGGGGACUGGACCGUUACUGACCUGGGGGACUGGACCGUUACUGACCCGGGGGACUGGACCGUUACUGACCCGGGGGACUGGACCGUUACUGACCCGGGGGACUGGACCGUUACUGACCCGGGGGACUGGACCGCUACUGACCCGGGGGACUGGACCGUUACUGACCCGGGGGACUGGACCGCUACCGACCCGGGGGACUGGACCGUUACUGACCCGGGGGACUGGACCGUUACUGACCCGGGGGGGACUGGACCGUUACUGACCCGGGGGACUGGACCGUUACUGACCUGGGGGACUGGACCGUUACUGAC